AUGGCGUCAACAAACAAGACAGACUUUUCGUCUGAUCCUCGAAUGACAUUGAACGAACAAACAGGCAAAUGGUCUUAUGUUGGUGAAGAAGGCGUCUCGUAUGAAUACGAUGAGAAUGUGGGCGCGUGGUUCCCCAUGUACGAUGAAAAACUCAUGCAAGCACAAGCAUCUGUGUAUGCAGUUGAAGGCGUAGAAGAGACGGUUGAGGUAAAGCCCAAGGAGAAAAAGAAGCGAGCUGCGACAUAUGAUGUUACAGAUCCAGAAGUACAGCAGAAAAAAUUGAAGCGUGAGCCACCAAAGAAGCCUGUAACGUCUGUUUAUGUUACUGGCAUUCCUCCUGACGCUACCGUUGAAGAGCUAAAGACAACAUUCAGCAAAUGCGGCGUGAUUAUGGAGGACUUGGAGACCGGAGAGCCCAAGAUCAAGAUAUAUCGUGAUGAAAAUGGCGUAUCAAAGGGUGAUGCACUUGUAUCUUAUUUUAAAGAAGAGUCGGUGCCUUUGGCUGUUGAUCUGCUAGACGAAGCUGAACUUAGACCAGGAGAGAGCUCUACCAAAAUGAAUGUACAAAAGGCAGUUUUCAAGGAAAAGGAGCCAGUGGAAAAGAAGAAAUCGACUACCGGUAAACUAAAAGCGAAGAAGAAGAUUCAGCAGCUGCAGCGAAAGUUUGAUUGGGUUGAAGAAGAGGGAGGAAAAAAGCAAGAAAAGUUUUCAAAAAUUGUCAUUCUGAAGAACAUGUAUACACAAGAAGAAUUAGACACAGAUCCAACAUUACUACUGGAGUUGAAGGAGGAUGUGAGGGAAGAGUGCGAAAAAUUGGGCGAAGUGACAAAUGUCAUCCUGUAUGAUAAAUCUCCAGGAGGCGUCAUUUCAGUGAGAUACAAGGAAAAGGAGAGCGCCGAUGCUUGCAUUGCACUAAUGGAUAAACGAUUUUUCGGAGGCAGACAAAUCAGUGCUGAAGUGUUUGACGGCAAAACCAAAUAUGAAAAGAGUGGCGGAAAGCAAACAGAGGAGGACGAAGAAGCAGAAAGACUUCGUCUCGAGAGAUAUGCUAAAUGGCUUGAGGAAGGUGGUAAUGAUGGCGAUAAAACUCCAUAA